CACUUGUGAGUCACCAUACCUAACGAAGAAGCCGUUGCUUUUGGCGCAGGUGUAUAGGUGAGCUCGGUUUUUUUCUAUUUCCUAUGUAAAAUUCGCAAUUUCCGAACUUAAUGUCUAUUCUCAAUGGCCUAACCAUGCGACAGCCCGACGAGGGCAAGUGCCACAUUUGCAAGCGGAUUUUUUGUUGCGGCAAAUGCCGCCAGAAGCAUCAGUUCAACGCCCACGCCAUUGCUGUGCGAGAGCCAUUACCACUAGGUGUUACCUCCAGCGCCGGCAGAAUCACGGAGCACCGCAUGCAAAUGGAAUCGGGCGUGACCACCAUCUAUGUGUUCUGUCCAAUUUGCGAGCAGCGGCCGCUGCUGCUCCAAGAGGCCAUGCACGGCGAGCUGCUGGCCCACAUUGAGAGCUGCCACCUGCCGCUGCGGUGCCGCAAGUGCAAGCGCAACUACACGCACAUCGAGGAUCUGCGGGAGUUCAGCAAGUGUGUGGACCGGCAGCAGGACUGCUCGGGAGCCAGCACCAUCAACGAUCUAACCUGCGACACCGAGGCCUCCAAGGUGACGGUGAAGAAGGCUCCGAAUGGUAAAUGCGCCAUCAAUAGCACCACCAUCUCCACGCAAACGUCGCCGGGCGUGACGCCCAUUUCGGUGAUCAAUAUGCACUGGAAGGCCAAGAACCGCAUUACCCAUGAGGAGUUCAUCAGCGACAGCGUCUCCUCGAUCCGGAAUCUCUCCUCCUUCUCCUCCUGCGGCAACAGCUCCAUUCGCCGCUCCAUUGGCCAGUUGGUUGUGAAUCCGCCGGAAACAGUGGUGAAGGGAAAGGUCAUUAGAUCAACUUCAACGCCCCUGCAAGUGGAAUCGGUGUUUGCCAAGCCCAAGGAGCCGAUUGCCUUCAACGCCUCCAAUGGGGGCCAUGUGUCCAGCAUUUACCAGGAGGAAUCCAGUCCCGCCGCCGAGAACAAUCUCGUCCAGCAGCCGAUGCAGCAGCAGCGCGCCUGGAAAAUUAGCGGACGCAACAAAAUGAGCGCUGCCACGCCCCUGCGCCAGGUGAUGUCCAAGAGCAUACAGAAGGCCUUUGUGGAGCAUGGCGGGAUGCUAUCUCAGCCUGGGCAUGGAGAAAUUCAGCGACGGGUGCGACUUGACCUCAGUGACCACAACAAUCACUCCACAGAGGGCGGCCCGGCUGCUGGAGGAUCCUCCGCCCUGGACUUACGACUCUCGCCGGCCAUGCGGCGUACCCAAAGCGAGUCCAGUGCUCACGGAGCCAGCUCCAGCUCGCAAGCCGGCGAUCCCUACAAGCGGCAGUUAAUCCUCUCCGCCCAGAAGCUUACCACCGAAUCGAUCAUUAUAACCAGGACAAACUCCAAUUCGCGCGAGACCUCCUCCACGGUCUACAACUCCUGCGAGAGCGUCGAGAUCAUCCGCUCCACAUCGGAGUCCGCGGAGCUGCAUGUGCCGCCCAUUACACCUUUCCGGGUGCCCGGAACAGGGAUUAACAAGAAGCAGAUCAAGUUCGAGACUCCGCCAAAAAGCAGGCAGCUUCUGAAAGCCAUGGAGCAUGGAGAAGGUGACGGAGACGGCGAAGACUGCGAGGAGAGCAGAGAGCACUUUUAUACGCCGAAUCCGGGCACACCCGACCCUCAGGAACGGCGACGUCAGGCGACUGUUGCACGCCAGCUAAGCGGCGAGUUUUCGCCCAGCAAGGAGAAGGCCCAUGAGGCACAGCCGCCGCCGCCGCCGCCCCGCCCCAGGCCACGUCCUCCGCUGCGAGACUGCCAACAGUCAAAGACCUUUAGCGGUGUCCAGGACGUGGGCGAGCAAGAGGACGACGAUGAUGAGGUGUUCUUGCCAACUAACGCGUCCACGCGCAAUGACAAAAAACAGGGUCAAGGUCAGGGUCUGUGGUCGCUGGUGAGCUCCGUAAUGCGGCUGCCGGCCAGCCUGCGCGGCGAUAAGGAGAACUCCGGCCCGAGCUCGGGCUCGGGUUCUCUCAUCCGACGCUGUGCCUCCAUAGCCGGCUCCUUGGUGCGCCCUGCUAGCCGGGAUGCAGGCGAAAAGGAUGACGUCCAUCCUCUCAAGCGAAAGCGCACGCAGACGCUGGACAACCAGUACAACAGCGAUCUGUCGCCCUCCAGUGGCUCCACAUCCAAGCGGUACCGCAUCCGACCCAGAGAUCCCAUCGAGCGCAUGCGCCAACACUAACACUUAUUUUUAAGUCGAACUAUAUAAUACACAAAAAUAUGAUCAGUUAAAAAAACUAA